AUGAGUUUCGAAGAUGUUCAGAUCACUAUCCCAGACCUGGACGAUGAUGCGCUCUACUCUACACCAAUACCUUUUGGGCGGACUCCCGGUGGCAGUGGCUUUGGAUAUGGCGGGAUGGGCUCGGGGCAAGAGUCACCGACUGCCAUGACCCCUUUGGCUCUUCCUGAACGAGCGGAGAAGAGCUAUUUUCACUCCCGUAACGACUCUGUGGCGUCUGAGGACUCUUCCCAGUCUUUCUCUACGCGGCAUACGACGACUGGCAAGACGACCGCCGCGUUCGGUCAUUCCGCCUCAGCUUCCAUUACUACGACAAAUACGACGACUAGUGGUCCCUCAUUCACGAAGAAGCCCUCCUUUGCUUCGAUCCGCAAUGCUUUCAAGAGCGGCAAGUCUAGUGAUGCUCCCCCAGUGCCCCCUCUCGAUAAAGAGGCCUAUCCUGUGCUGAAGAAUCCUUUCAACCGAUCGAACUCCUCUCUGGCUCAUGCAACCCCUUCGCGGCGACCUACCGUGACUGCUAGCCCGUCCGCCGCACGACCUCCGACACCUGGUGGUGAUGGACGACACUACCGUGGAGUCACUGCCAAGUCGAAGGGACAUGCGUCUGCUCGUUCUCAACACUCUUAUACCGGGUCUAUAUUCCAUAGUUCUGAUACCGGGAGCGACGUUGGCCAUGGAGGAUCUUCGUCUCCCCCUCCUUUGCCGCCUAUGCCUGACGUGUUUUCGAGUCAACCGUCGCGCGGGGAGACACCACCACUGGAAUUCGACGACAAUAUCGUGAUUGAACCUCGCACACCGGCUGAAUACGCGCUUCACGCAAUCUUCAUGCGAUUCGUCGCGUCUGCCGAAUCUAAGAUAGAUGCCUUUCUCAAGGAGCCAUUGGAUCACGAUCCAGCCUUGGAAGAUUUCAUGGGCCCAGGAACUGAUUCGAAAUUUGAUGAGCUACUGAAUUCCUUGGGCAAAGUCGCGCAUAAGAAUGCAAAGCCUGUGAUAGAUUCUAUCAUGCGGUGGCGGAGAAGCCAGAACGGUGACAUGAGUUCGGAAGUCAUGCGGACCCACCUGUCUCAAUCGCCUUCGGCCGGUCGCGGAGUGAAGAUGCAAGACAGCAGGUUCAUCCUGGCAGAGCGCAAAUCUUUGGCGUCGGUAUAUGUCAUGUGUCGCGCCCUCAUAGCCGUUAUGCAGUCCAUAUCCAAGGAUGCUCUGAGUGACGUCGUUGGUUACGAGCUUGAAGAUAUCACGUUUGAGCAAUUCAAGACGCCCUAUCUCAAGCUACUAAAUCAAUCCGGGAACCAUAAGACGAACGCGGAGCUAUACGCGACUUUGUUAGGCCUCAUUGCAAACGUCAGGUUUGAGAGCGUCACGGCCAAGUUCUUGUACGAAUUGCAACCAGUCGCUGCUGGUCAAGUGCCGAAGGACCUCGACAUGAAGUAUGAAAGUCUGAUCCGGGGACUGCGACACGUACAAAUCAAGGUUUGGCCUCCAGAAGCUUUCGAGGAAGGCGCAGAGUUCUUCGAGUCGCUCUCGAAGUCUUUCGCGAACGCACACGGGUUUCGUCUGAAAUCGGCCUUCGCGGAGACUCUUGUGCAGAUACUGCAUCCGAUCGGCAAGACAGCUCAAGCCGAGGUCAAUCAUCCUGACUGGGCAAAAGCCAUUGAAGCGGUCUAUCCGAGAGCGAAGGAUAUGAUGGGCAAGCCGCGUUACUGGCACGUUGCAUAUCCGUUAGCUAUCACCAGUCUGUGUGUAGCCCCUCAAGAGUACUUCCUUCGAAACUGGAUGUCAUGCUUUGAGGCUGGGCUCGCCAAGAUUAAGGACAAACCUCACCGCGCAGCCGUCAUGAAUGGCUCAAUGCGACUGAUAUGGACAUAUUUGUAUCGAUGUUAUGAGCCGACUUCCACAGCGACAUCCAAGCUCGAGUCUUUGCUGAAGCACUUCUUCCCACUCAAUCGACAGUCUCUACCACCUCAUGACGACCAUCUGGAGCCCUUCAUUCAUAUAGUACAUUUCGUACUAUCCCGGCACUUCGAUUGGGGAGCGGAAUUUUGCUUGGAACUGAUGCAGGAACAGAUGAUCAAUGGGUCCUCUCUGACCAACCUGAUCAGUGUCCUUUCACCGGAGAGGCUCACUAUCAGCGUCAAAGCUAUCCUGCUCUCCCUCAGUCUGGUAGAGAGAGAGGAGAGGGCGCCGUCCUGGCCCAGUAAUCCGGACUUCUCUGCGAUUAUCACCUCUGGGGACUAUCCCACUUCUUCUGGUUUUCUUGCUGAGUCUGUCCUGCAGAAGUCUGGUGUGCAAGACUUGGUCACACGGUGCUCAUCUAUCCUUGCACACAUUGCCGGAGUCAGCGCCAACGCCAUCAUUCAAAUGUCGGUUCUCGACGAUCAAUGGUCAGGGGCGUCGCGUCUGACACAAGCCUACGAAGAGGCGCACAUGUACGCCGUACGACGAACUCCGGAGGGCCUUGUCGCAUAUCCGAUCCAAUAUAUUCCUCAGAUUGGAUUCCUCCAGACUUGUUUCGAGUCUUGGCCCCGGCUGUUGCACUCGAGUCUUACCGUGGAUGACUCACUGGAUAUGCUCAUAAGGGGCGUCGUCCACGUUGAGCCUAGCCUUGCGGAAGCUGCUUCUGGUGCUCUGCGUCGCUUCAUGGAGAGUGAUGAGCACGCCUUGUUGGUCCUAUCGCGGUUCUCUAGGUUUCUCUUCGGGGCGCAUUCUAUUUCUCAAGAGGGCUCUGGAUUAAAGCUGACCAUCGAAAGUACACGGUUGCGGAAACUCUGGACAAGUCUCAUUGAUGGCUGGAUCCACGGGAUUUUACAGCAACCUCUCGAUUCUGCUCCACAGGAUAGAGAAGAUCUGGCUGCAACUUUAGACGAAUUGGAGUCCGGUGCUCUCUUCCUGUUGACUCAUGUUGAUCAACGGAUUCGCAGCGCAGGGGUUGAGGUCCUGCGUGCCCUGAGACUGUUGGUCGACCGCAUACUAGCUGAACCAUCAUCUUCGCAGUCUGAGCCGCGUCCCGCCCGCAUGCUGCAUCUCUUACACGGCGAACUGCCGAGCAAGUCUUAUCUGGAUGGCUACGAUAAUCUCAUCAAAAGAGACGAGGAGCUGGAUCGACUGAGUCAAUGGCGGCGAUCACAACGAGUCGAUAUUCCUCUGCGAAUGGCUGACAGUGCCGAUGCCAGAGACUAUGCGGUAUGGGAGCAGGUAUACCCCACGCUGAUUCGUCUCGGCUCCAGUUCCUAUUUUUUUUCCAAGGUUCUUGGAAAGUUUCGUGAGGCCGUAGCGGCCGGUGCGGGCCGUUACCAUCCUUUGAUGGCAGCUAUAGCGGGGAUCAACAGUAGAGCGCAGACCGGUCUGCCUAAUCGUAACCAAUCUGGAGGCGAGAAGGAAGGCGGGAAGCUUGUCUUUGACAACAUGGAUCACAUCAGGCAAUGGCGGAUGUGGAUGAUCAUCAUCUGCAAAACGGCUGCUUCGGACACUCGUACCGCCGUGGUCAACCGCGAGCACGCUAGGGUGCCCUCAGAGGCUAACUUCGAUCGUGAGCGGUUAACAACUACUCGUGGCCUUUUUAGACUGCUGGCCCCCUUUCUGGAUUCUGAACACACGGUCUUCCGCGACGCCGCGGUUCUGUCUAUCAGUUCUUUCCCUUCUGAGGGCUACACUCAACUUCUAGACGAUCUCAAUAACCUGGCAGCACGUCAAUUCUACGACGACAGAUUCAAGAUGAACACCCCACCUGCACCGUCUCGCACAAGGAGACAGGAGCGUUUCUAUGCUGCUGUUGCCCGCAUCUACUAUUUGACGGCGCAUCUGAUUCUCGAUCAGCGGGCCGCUGCCAGGCAGCCUGCGUUAUCCAAUAUCCUCAAGUUCGUACGACACACUCAGGCGUUUCUCACUAGCCCCGAGUCGCGUGAUAAGUACAUGCUCCAGCGCCUGCGACGCUACUUCUGUGGCGCCGUCGAGAGACUGUUUGAUGGCAUGUCUACUUUGAAAGACUCUGAUCGGUUUGUUCCAUACAGGAUGCAUCUCCACCUGUAUCGACUCUGUGAGGACUGGUGUCAACUAGGGCCACAAUCGGAGGGUGUGAGACAACGGCUGAUCUACAUGCAACGGGCCGCGUCAGAUGUGCAUGAUCCGCAGAAGCAAGCCGAGGGUGUAAGACGAUUCCAGACUGAAACGAAAAAGCUUUCAAAGGCUGCAAUAGGUGCAAUGGCGUCUGUAUGCGCGAAGGCAUUCUUUCCUCCAGAGGUUUCUUCUGGGUCACCGACUGAUAAUCACGGUCAAGAGCCCGUCAAGCCUUUAGAUGCGGCGUCUACGCUGGAUCGAUGGACCUCGAUACUAGCUUCUUUUGACCCAUCUGAUCAAGCGUACGCGAAGAAAGCCCUACGAACACUUCUAGGUUACCCCACGCAUGAUGCCACUCUGAUGGAGGAAGCCUUACGCCGAGCUGUCGUUCUCUCCAAAGACCUUGACACCAGCAAUGCUCGCUUUUUCGAGAUCGUUGCAGAGGUAUUAUGCGCAGUUCCCACCCAUGGUUUCUCUUUCAGCCAGAUCGUAUGGCUGGGAUUGUCGAAUCUCUGUCACGAUCUUGUCGAAAUACGCCGUCUGGCCCUCAACGUUCUUGGAGUUGCUCAUGAACAAUGGUCCGGGAUAUUAUCAUUGGAUAGGUUCGAAGCAGCCGUAGGCAGCCUAGCGCCGAGUACUUAUCUCCACGCCCAUCGCCUCGUCUCCGACGUCCUUGCAGGCGAACAUCCCCAGUAUGCAGGCCAGGUGCUUAGUCAAUUCGUGACAUGGAUGCCCCGAGUUCUGGACGGUGUUAUGGGGAAGACCAAUCUGCUCCUGCUUCAAAGUCUGGAAUACUGGAUAUCUAAUAUCGAUCUUUUGCCCGAUGACAAGGCCCAUCUUACGACCGAAGGUCGAUCUUCUCUGUAUAACCUGAUUUUCCUCACCCUCCGCUACAGCACUAGCCACGCAGAGCAAGUUCUCAUGCUUUGGACUCGACUAGUGGAUAGUCCUCAUCAACACAAUGGACAUGCAGCUAUCCGGUUUUUACUCGAGCAGUCGCACAAAGUGGGAAGCAGUGUCUAUGUUGAUUGCGCCAGCAAGGUGGUCGCUUGCUUAUCCCAAAGUGUCGUAGGCCGCCAGAUAUUCGAAGAUUUGUGUGGUAUCAUUGAGCCUGCACGAAUGCUGCCUACAAUCGAGCACAAGCUCGCAAUACCGUCUGCAGAGGAGCUUGAACUCUGGUCCGAUUUAGAUGCCCUCUUCUCCGAACAGCCUCGACUGUCUCUCGGUGCUGGCCAAUUUGCCAUGCUCUUCCUGGCAGACGUUGCUCUGGAACGACAAUGGGAGCAGCAAACUCAGUUACCGGGGUUACUCCACGCCCUGUUUGUGCAUAUCGAUCACCGCGUUCCAUUCGUUCGACAGCGUACAAGGCAAAUGUUGUUUCAAUUACUCCGUACAUGGAUCCCGGGUUACGACGAGCUACAUGAACGCUCAGCAUACUCCGACAGGGCUUCUCUUCGAUCUACGAUAGUUGAGCUGGAAAAGGAAUCGGGAUCGAUAUUCUGGCGGGACGACGAACCUGCUGCACAAUCUCAGCCCAAAAUGAAGACGUUAUGUACCCAAGUCAUCAGCAUUCUAGAGCCUUUGCAUCCGAACCUUGCGGAUAAAUGGGGUUCACUUGCCUUGACAUGGGGAACGGGAUGCUCUAUCAGAGCUAUCGCCUUUCGGUCUCUCCAAGUAUUUCGUGCCUUGAUGCCGCACGUGAGCAAGUCCGACCUCGCUCUGCUGCUUGGACGCUUGUCCAGCACAAUUUCAGAUGAAGAUGAGAACAUACAGAACUUCUCAGCCGACCUCAUCCUUACGCUGAGCGCCAUAUCGGGGUCAGACCACUUUGACCGGUCAUCCUUGCCGCAAUUGUUCUGGACUGCAUAUGCAUGCCUUGCCACAACGGUUGAGCGGGAGUUCCAGCAGGCUCUCGUUCUGCUUCAAUCACUGCUCACCCAGAUUGACCUCAAUGACAAAGAGAUCACGUCAUAUAUAUCGUCUCAUCGACCUAGGGAUUGGUCCGGAUUUGCCACUCUCCAAGCUUCACUGCUUACUGGCUUGCGAUCUUCUGUCACGUCCAACUUGACCUUCACCAUACUGCAGAUGCUGGUGGCCGUAGAUGACGGUGAGCUGAUUGACCCAUCGGAGGGCCGCCUGAGGGAUGUCUACACAGCCUCACUUCCGUGGCUCCUGCAGGCGAAGUCGUCGGAGACCUACGACGAGUCUCUCCUACAUUUUGCGAGGAACCUGUCGCGCCUAGCUGAAAAAGAGGAAAGGCAAAGUAUCAGUCGAAUUCUAGACUCUUUCGCCAACAGACGGUUCCGUACCACCGAGGAUUUCUUGCGGCAGUCAGUCGGAAGUCUCAGGGAGCACUAUGGGAUAGAUCAUUGGGCCGAGGUCGUUACUCUGCUCCUCAGUCUGACCUUGAAUAACCAACGGUGGCUACGGAUACACUCCUUGCAAAUACUUAAGGUACUUUUCCAGCAGAGAGAGACGCGACAACCUGUCGACCGUCUAGGGUCGGAGCUGCUCAUGCCUCUACUGCGACUAUUGGAGACUGAUCUCGCGCCAGAAGCACUCAGCGUUCUUGAGGAACCUAUGACGAUUUCAGGAGGUCCAUCGGCGAAGCACGUCCUUCGUAUGAGCAUGAAUAUGAAGGCGAUGCCGCAGCACGUUGAAGUUACUGAUAUUUUCGGUAUUCCAGAGGAAUCCGGUUGGUGUGUGGCUCGACCUAGCCUUGCACAAGAAAUAUGUCGUGCCAACGUCAUUGCUGUCUUCGAUACGUGUAAGGUACCGACCCGGCCGUCGCGAAUCGAUUUCCAUCCCGACGAAAUCGAGGCCACCAUAGAUCGUCCGGACGAUAACUUGGGUGACCUCGUGCAAAAUCUCCACGAGCUCAGUAUGUUCUUCCAAGAGGGAGACUCUGAGGAGCGGGGCCAAGUCCAUGUGCCAUUGCCCACCCGGCAGGUGGAAGCCCGAGUGGCUGCGAUCCUGGCCAAGUCGACGGACAGCGCGACGGACGCCCCACAGACACCAUUCGCAGAUGUCUUCGAGAUCAAUGAUUUAUCUGGGUUCGAAGAUUCAGAUGAGGACUCUGGCAGUGACUCCGAAUCGGAUGCUUUCGUAUUUGAUUCCCUUGAUCAUCUUUCACUCUCACAUAGCAAUUCUCUCAACGGAUUCUAUCAAUAG